AUGGAUAACUCCAGUGUCCAGCCGAAUGUGACUAUCACGUACCCAGAUAUAUCUGAAAUCUACGCCAAUCACUCGCUGUCGGUGACAAUAGACAGAGUUGUAACCCCUGUGUUCUACAUCAUUGGACUUCCAGCCAACCCACUAUGUGCUUACAUCUGGCUACAUCGCAAAACUCGCGCUAACAAUUCUUCUGCUAUCUACCUGGGCGCCUUGUCCAUAUCCCAUGUGGUGUUCCUACUUUUGCACAUACUUCAAGAACUGCGAUAUGCCUGGGGGAUCAGGACAUACGACGGAUAUAUUUCCUGCGAGAUUUUCAAUAUGGUGUUUUGCAUACCUCAGUACUUGGCUCCAUUGCUGGUCUUAGGAUUCACAGUUGAGCGGUAUAUCGCGGUUUGUCAUCCCUUUGCUAAAGAGAGAUACUGCACGGUUUGGAGGGCAGGCCUAGUGGUCGUCUGCUUGCUAGUGUUCUGCAUUCUCAUCAGCACGCUACAGGCAUAUUUCUGGACAUACGACGAGAAUAAGCAGAUCUGCAAUCACCGACCAGAAUUGUACCAUUCGUCCUUCAUUGAAAUAUGGACCUGGUUCACCGAGUUAUUGCUCUUUGGCGUAGCUCCGCUGGCUGCUCUCAUCUUUAACAUCCUUGUCAUUCGUGAGAUCCGAAGUUUGACGAGUAGCGGUCCAGCCCAUAUUGGUGCCAGUGGAGGUAGUCAAGCAUCCACAGUUACCCUUCUCAGCGUUUCCUUCUUUCUUAUAUGCACAUGGCUUCCUUACACUAUAGUAUAUUCAAUGAGCAAACAGUUCCCUAUAGGAGAAUUUCCCAUUCAGUUAGAGGCUGUCUGGAAAGACCCAGAUUGGCAAAGACAUUUCUUCUAUAUAACCAUCAGGAAUUUUCUUGCAGAAAUUACCCUUUCAAACUCUGCCUGCUAUUUUUUCAUCUACUAUGCAACCGGCAAGCACUUCAGGGAUAAGGUGCAUGAACUCUUAUGUCCAAAACAGUGUACGAGUGCAAGUAACAGGAGCCACCACGACAAGGCAUACAUGUCUGUGUCUAAAAGCAGCCACUACAAUGGAACCUCUGCCACAUGUGUGUGA